AUGACGGGCCAAGAUGGCUUGUCGUCAUCUUUUGUGGAGACCGUAGCGGGUUUCACUGCAGGGGUGGUCUCAACGCUCUGCCUUCAUCCACUCGAUCUGGUGAAGACCAGACUGCAGGUUGAUCGCAAUGCUACAACUCGUCUCGGCAGUUCAAUUCAGAUUGUCCGUGACAUCUCAAGGUACGAAGGUGGCUUCGCUGCCUUCUACCGUGGACUGGCUCCAAACCUCGUUGGCAAUUCCACAAGUUGGGCUUUGUAUUUCCUCUUUUAUGGCAGCCUGAAGAAUGGCAUGUGCAUUUACCGAGGCAAUCCUUCGGCGCUCACAUCCUUUGAUUACUUUUUGGCUUCGGGAACGGCAGGUGCCCUAACAUCGCUUCUGACGAAUCCAAUUUGGGUUAUUAAGACCCGCAUGCUUUCAACCGGCUCCCAGUUUCCUGGUGCCUAUUCCUCCUUCACAACUGGUGUAACGCAUAUAUACCGUACCGAGGGUGUACCGGGUUUCUAUCGCGGCCUUGUCCCUGCUUUAUUUGGGGUCAGUCACGGCGCUCUUCAAUUCAUGGCUUAUGACCGAUUGAAGGUUUUACGGUCCCAUACAACUCAGGAUUCUUCGUAUCUGGGUGUGGGACACGAAAACAAGACACGGAAACUCAACAACCUGGACUUCCUCGCCCUGUCCAGCCUCUCAAAGCUCUUCGCUGGCUGUGCCACUUAUCCAUACCAGGUGAUUAGGUCCCGGUUACAAACCUAUGACGCGCCCUUGAUGUAUCGAGGUGCCACCGAUGCUGUUAUGCAGGUAUGGGCUCGUGAAGGCAUAUCUGGCUUCUAUAAAGGUUUAGGACCUAAUCUCUUGCGUGUUUUACCCAGCACCUGGGUGACCUUUUUAGUGUAUGAAAAUGUGAAGAUCUCUUUUACCUAG